GGAGAAGACAAAAGCCGAAAGCGAGGAGGGCCCGGGCCGCACACACCGCAGUGCACGGGGCAACCCUGUCGGCAGGCAGCAUGGGGAAGGGGGGGAACCAGGGCGAGGGGGCCACCGAGCGCGAGGCGCCGAUACCUACCUUCCGCUGGGAGGAGAUUCAGAAGCACAGCCUGCGCACGGACCAGUGGCUCGUCAUCGACCGCAAGGUCUACAACAUCACCGAAUGGGCACACCGGCACCCGGGGGGCCACCGGGUCAUCGGGCACUGCGCAGGCGAAGAUGCUACGGAUGUCUUCCUGGCCUUCCAUCGCAACCUUGAUUUCGUGCGCAAGUUCAUGAAGCCCCUGCUGAUCGGCGAGCUGGCCCCCGAGGAGCCCAGCCAGGACCACAGCAAGAAUUCCCAGAUCACCGAGGACUUCCGGGCCCUGAGGAAGACCGCUGAGGACAUGCACCUGUUCAAGAGCAACCACCUGUUCUUCCUUCUCUACCUGGCCCACAUCAUUGUCAUGGAGAGCAUCGCCUGGUUCACCAUCUUUUACUUUGGCAAUGGCUGGAUUCCCACCGUCAUUACGGCCUUCAUCCUUGCUACCUCUCAGGCCCAAGCUGGAUGGCUGCAACACGAUUACGGCCACCUCUCUGUUUACAAGAAGUCCACGUGGAACCACAUAGCCCACAAGUUCAUGAUUGGUCACUUAAAGGGUGCUUCUGCCAACUGGUGGAACCAUCGCCACUUCCAGCACCACGCCAAGCCCAACAUCUUCCACAAGGACCCGGAUGUGACCGUGGCGCCCGUCUUCCUUCUGGGGGAGUCGUCCGUCGAGGUGCAUGGCGGACACCCUCGGGCUGGGCCUGCAGCAGAGGGGAACUGGUAGUCCCUGAACCCCCUGCUGUGGCCCAGCCCCUGA